AUGUUGAACUUCUCGAAUCGUUUCUCCACUGUCGUCAGACAUUUGGCCCGCAGGUCUUGCUCAUUUCAGCGUUUUACUGUUCCCCGGAUAUGUCAUGUUCGGUCUCAACUACCAGAAGCGCGUUUUUUCUCCUCCGAUGUUGACAGGCAAUUUUCGGCCGUUUUGACCGAAGAACUUAAACAAGAAAACGAGAAUUCCUACAACAGCAGUCCCCCUAGUGGGUUUGAAGUAGAGAAAUUGGAUGAAACGAAUCUUACCCUAAAGAAAUGUUUCCCGGAUGGCGUUGUUGUUGAAGUUAAAAUGGACCUCGCAGGUAGCAUUGUUCCCGAGGACGUGAGUGAAAAUGAGCUUCAGGGAAAGGAGCAGGACGCCCCUUCACCCCUUGAAGCUCGACCUGACCUCAAGAUUCGACUCCGAAAGCCAAGUGGGCGCUCAGUCCUAUUCCAUUGUAGUCUUCCUUCGUCGCUUGAGGAACCCGCAAAUUCUGACCAAGACACAUCAAACCUGCCUACUUUUUCUGUGGAUAUGGUUGAAAUGGAGAAGAUUCCUGGAUAUUUCGUCUAUACUGACCUUUUUGACGACAAUAUGUACGAUCACAUCAUGCGUCUACUGACGGAAAGAGGUGUGGACUAUGAAUUCCAACGACAACUCCAGGAUUUUGCAACGUCUGAGGAGCACAAACUCUACCGGUCUUUCCUGGAAGAAUUCAAGGCUUACUGCAAGGAGUAG